AUGAUCCCCUAUCCUUUGCUCUUUCUAGCUUUCCUACACCUAAGGAUAGUGCUAGGUGCGCUAUCCCUCGAUGAACUCGCCCCCAAAAUCAACCAUCUUCGGUCCCAACGUCGCUCAAAACCUCUCCAUGAAGUGGAGCUAGUCUCCCCCUCUCGUCUCAAGCUUCUAAACACCUUGGAGCCCGAAAGACGGAGAACAUACAGCUUGAACUGGGCCGGCGCGGUACUCCACAACCCAGCCCCAAGCGCAGCAUACACCUACGUCUCGGCAACUAUAACUGUCCCAACUCCAACUCCAAGCCCAAGCGACAGCACUACCUACCAGGCUGCUUCUGCUUGGGUCGGCAUUGACGGCGUCACCUCCACGAAUGCAAUCCUACAGACCGGCUUUGACCUGUACGUCAUAGAGGGAAACCCACUCAUUGAUGCGUGGUACGAAUGGUAUCCAGGUUUUGCCCGAUACUAUGCGGAUUUCACCGUGAAUCCAGGGGAUGUAAUUGUGGCUUCUGUCAAUGUAACUGCGCCGGAUGAGGGAGUGUGUCUGAUCCAAAAUCAGAGCACCGGGGAGACAGUGUCAGAGACAGUCUAUGCGCCAGAUAGCUCGGCGACAGUGGUUGGGUGGGAUGCGGAGUGGGUGAAUUGCGCUGCUUAUGCUGGUGGUGUUGGGCAUGGAUUGGAAAAUGCCACGGUUUAUGAAUUGGUCAAAAAUAAUGUGGUUGUGGCUGGUGUCAAGGUUGUGCAGGACGACAUGGUUAUUACGCGCUUUGGGGUCUGA